AUGUCGCUCCAGCAGCAGCUCAAGAGUUUCAACGCCAGCGUCACCGACUAUGCGAAUCGAAUGCCCCAGCAGAGACGAUUUGUCCACAACGGCUCGGCAAGCACUUCUCAGGUACCAUCCUCCACCUCAACACCAACACCAGGUAGCGACGCACAGCGGAAGAGGCAGAAUGCAGACAUCGUGUACUCGCAGCCUGCCAAUACCGGCACUGGCAAGGACAUCAUGACACAGGUGCUCUUUGCAGUUGAGCACUUGAAAUCGAAGGGCGUCCCGCUCAGGUAUUCCGAUAUAGUCUCGUACCUCUCUCUCCAGCACCGCUCAAACGACGAAGGCUACGUUCAGGCACUACGGAGAAUUCUCACGCAGCACGAAAAAGUCUUGUAUGAUCCUAGUGGCGCAAAUGGGGAGGGUACAUUCGCUUUUCGGCCUCCUCACAACAUCCGCACCGCGGAGCAACUCCUGCAGAAGCUCCAGUCACAGUCUACCGCUGCCGGCAUGAGCGUCCGUGAGCUCCGGGAGGGCUGGCCCAACGUUGAAGACACAAUCAACAAGCUGGAGAAAGAAGGAAGAUUGUUGGUCACUAGAAACAAGAAGGAUGAUCAUGCGAAGAUGGUCUGGGCCAACGAUCCCUCGCUGGUGCCGCACUUUGAUGAGGAGUUCCGCCAGAUUUGGGCGAAGAUCAAAGUUCCCGAUCAGCAGGCCGUCAAGGAAGAGCUGGAGAAAGCUGGUAUCACCCCAACAAGCAAGAACAAGGUCGUCAAGGUACGCCCAAAGGUCGAGCACAAAAAGGUCAAGAAACCUCGUCGCAGUGGCAAGACGACCAACACCCAUAUGAUGGGCGUCCUGAGAGAUUAUUCCCACCUCAAACGGUAA